AUUAGGCCAGCUAUUAAUUUAUUGAAUGUAAACUGAUUUUGAUUUCAACGCAAGAGUAGGCCUAAAUUAAGUGUUUCUUCUGCAGUGCGGGUUUGCUUGAUCUGCUCCAUAUUGAAUGGGUACAUAACAGACAGUUUCCGAGCACAAUUUAUGACAACAUAACAGGAAGUCAGCAUGGUCCGGUAAACGCACGGGUGUGCCAGAAGAGCGUGGAACAAAAGACGAAUAGGCUACCGAGAUAUUUGGAUUUCAUGAAGGGUCAUUUGUUUGAUUCGGUUCUAUUUAUAUAGCCAACGCAAAGCGCGCCAGUAGCGAGAAGAGAGGAGGAGACGUGCACUCGGAUAUACUGUACCUUUAUCGAUUUGUAUUGAACAGGAUUGUGUCAAUAUUACGAUAUGCCUAGCGUCUUUCGCAAGGCAUACACAUCUCUUGGAACACUAACCUCGUGGUCUCCAAAGGAUUGUAUUUCUGAAUUGUGCAUUAUAAUAAGGCAUUUUGGCUGUCUUGGGGUGUGGACUGGCUUGACUGAUCAUCAUAAAUCCUUACUCAAUUUGAGUAAUUAUUUUCUCAUUAAUAGUCAGACUCACAGAAUUGAGGCCUCUCACAGAAUUGAAUUGAAUAGAAUAGAUAACACACAAUUUAAGAUAGGUAGGCAUUUGUAGGCCUACUGUUGCUCUUAAUUAGAUUGUUUAGAUUGAAAGUUAUUAUGUUAAUAGAUUUAGGCUAAUUUUGAACUGGACAUGUUGAGUCAAAAUUAACCAAUGUCCUUGCUUUCAGACAUGUCUGAAGCUGAACAAGCUCUAUAAUAGGAUGAAACGUAAAUAUUGAUCAAUCAGACCAGAGCACAAAGGUCAUUUGAAAGGUUUAAGAAAUUCCACUCACAAGAUCAAUGAGAAUGGAUUCAAUUUAGAAGGUGAUGGGUGGUGCAAUGCUUGUCUUUUGUCUCUUUUCAUGCAAAUAUAACCCUUCCCAGGAACAAUCACUCAGAGCUGGAGAGGCAUAAAGUGGGUGAAUGCUUUGGACAAGCAACUCAGAAGGAGAGAGGAUCUGUUACAGUCAUGAUUUUGACAGAGGACAUAGAGAUGGACCUGUUUGCAGUUAUAGGCACGUUUGCUGUGCCAAUAGCAGUAAUUCCGCAAAACCAACAGGAGACAAUGAGUAAACAACCUGAACACCCCCUAGUACCGCUCCCGCUGGAGGAAGAGGAUAUGGAACAACCUAAACAGCAGAGGGAGACUGUGACACCUGCAAAGAUUGAGAAAGAAUAUAUACCAAGGAUUACAAACAACUCCUUUGAGAGCAUUGAGAUUGAAAUGGAGGUGUUUCCACCCUCAGGCUUGACUGAAAGUGAUGUGGUGGAGAUCACACCAGAUGACCCCUCUGUCAUGUCCAGGACACCAGAACCAGUUGUCCUAGUCUCACCAGAACCAAUCCGACCAAGCAAACUGAAAUGGAGGAGAAUCACACCAGGGAAGACUGGUUUGGUGGUUAAAGACGUGAUCUGCCUGCCACAAGGCCACUACCUGGCUCAGGAGGACAGGCACAGUGUCCCCAGAGGCCAGGAGAGGGACGAGCUCGCUGCCAUGGGCCUCAUCGCUAGGAUAACCAUAGACAACUCCUGGCUCCCUCAUGAAAUGGAGAGCCGCCUUGCCUCUCUGUUCAAGAGCCGCUUCUUCAGUGGACGCGAACAAAGAUUCACCUUCACAUACCUUCAGUGUCUGGAGGGCUCUCGUGUGCUGUUUGUUCCAGACACCCCACCACAGUUCUCCUGGAGUGGGGAACAGGUGUUGCAGAUAGCAGGGCAUGGCCCCCUUUAUAUUCUCAGUCACUAUGAUUUCAUGAGCUUUGAGAUACAAUGUGAGUGGCCAACAAACAGCGCACCAGUAAUUAACAGUCACGAUUUCUUGGUGGAUGACAAUGAGGAUGAUGAUGAUGAUGAGGAGAGAAGUGUAGAGUCUCCCCUGCCUGUCACUGCGGAUGAGGAGGUCAUUUCAGACCUGGUCACCAUCCUCCGAACAUACAGAGAACAAAACUCAAUGCCUGACAUCCAAACACACAUGUAUGUGAGGCGUAGAGACAUCUUCAGAAGUGCGCUCAAGGUGAUGGGGAAGAAGUCAUUCUCCAUCAAGACAACUCCUCUCUUCCACUUCCUAGGAGAGGAAGUUGAUGACUAUGACGGCCCUCUGAGAGAGUUUUUCAGACUCAUCAUGUUAGAGUUGCAGGAGAGCGGUAUCCUGGAGGGUCGCCCGGGGCAUCUGCUGUUUGCCUACGACCAGGCUGCCCUGGAGGAGAGGAGGUACUAUGCUGCAGGAGUCAUGGUGGCCUGGUCCCUGCUGCAUGGUGGUCCUGGACCAUGCUGCCUACACCAGUCCCUCUACCAGCUCAUGUGUGGCCAAAGCCCUCCCCUGGAAGACUUCAGCUGGAUGGACAUCUCUGAUGUGGAUGUACAGAUGAAACUGCAGCAGGCCAAGAAUUGCACCAGCAUCCAGAGAUUGACUCCAAACCUGUGUGAGUGGAUUGCAGGCUGUGGAAUUCCUGAUAUUUACAGUGCUGAAAUCAAAGACAUGCCCUCCAUCUACACCUUGGUUUUAAGGCACUACAUUUAUCACAGGGUGGCAAGCAUGAUCUCCCAGUUCACAGAGGGGCUGAACAGCUGUGGUGGCCUGUGGGAUAUCAUCAAGGCCCACUCUGCAGCCUUCAUGUCUGUCAUGACCAGGACAGAACACCCUCUCACCCUGGAACAGUUCAAAAGUCUGUUUGAGGUGUCAUGGAGUCCUCUGGAAUCAACCAUAGGCCUGAGACAAGCUGAGGAGACCACUGUCACCUCCUGGGAGAGAUUUCUCAUCAUGGUCAACGAACACCGGACUGCCUUGUCCUUUGGGGAUCUACUGGCCUUCAUCACAGGGGCAGAUCAGAUCCCUCCUUUGGGAUUCCUAAGAAAUCUCUGUAUCAGAUUCUACGACCAGGGAAUGUUCAGUGUCCGUUUACCACAUGCCUCUACUUGUACUUUGGAGCUCCACCUUCCCAGAGGUGUGGCCAGUCCUGGUGGGUUGAAGGACAUGCUGACAAGAGCACUGCAAGAAUCUUUAGGGUUUGGAAACAUUUAUGCUGACAGUUCUGCUUUGAGCCAAUUAUCAGUCCAACGAAAAACAAUGUGGGAGGAAUCGAAGCUUGAAAAUGUUUGAUAGAUGAGGUAAUCAAUCAUGCAUGGUUUACCAGUCUAGGUAUUUUAUUUGUUCUGCAAAUUGUAAUUUUCUCCAUUACUAAUGAGAUUCUCAGCCAUGGGUACGUACUGAAUGAGAUUGCAAGAUAAGUGCUGAUAUGCAGUUAAUUUUUAUGACAUUGAACUGAAUCACUCAAGGCUGGAAGAACUGAAAUCAGAGGAAACUGACACAAAUCUAUUUUCCCUAUAUUUAUUUAUAUAAUUAAGGGCAGGAAGCCUCAUAGCAAUUAAUACAAUAAAAACAUACCUCUAAUAAGUUGGAUGACUGUUUCAUUGUCUAGUUUAACAGAGGAGGACAUAUUGAAUGUUGCAUAUGCAACAUUUGUGAGGCCUGUGGAAGAGAGUAAGACAGUGAGGAACAAAAUCCUAACAUUUACACAAGUUUUGAUACAAGUAGUGGGUAUUUGGAAGCCUGUUACCAGUCUGUUGGUGCCAUCAUGCCACUCCUUGCCACUUCUUGUCAUGUUUGGCAUGUAAGGAGUGGCAUGAUGGCACAAACAGAUCAGGGACCAUGCUAGGUAUUUGGGGGCUUGAUUCCCAAAGCCUCCAAUUAUGUUAUACACUGAACAAAAAUAUAAACGCAACAUGUAAAGUGGUCCCAUGUUUCAUGAGCUGAAAUAAAAGA